AUGUCCAAUCCUUACGGCCAAGGUGGCCCACAGCCAUCCGACUUCUCGCAGUCGUCGGCCGGCGACCCAUUCAACACCCCACCCCCCGCUCUCUCCUAUGACGGUCAGCCUGGUGCUCCCGGCCCCGGCGGCCAGUACUCGUACUACAAUGAUAACGAGUCAGACAUGGGCGCCCGCUAUGAGGGUGGCGGUAUGGCUCGCGACACAUGGGCAAGUGAGAGCGGCUGGAGUGGUAACGGUGACCAAAACUACCCAGCAUCUGAGCAGUCCCACUACGGCCAGCAGGGGUAUCCCUCCCGUGCGUCUACUCCCACAUACACGGAGAGCAGGGACGGCCACCGCACCCGCGAGCCCUAUCCUGGAUGGUCCCAGGACCACAACAUCCCUCUCUCCAAGGAGGAGAUUGAGGACGUUCUCAUCGACCUUCAGAACAAGUUUGGUUUCCAGAAGGACUCGUGCCGCAACAUCUUCGACUUCCUCAUGAUCCAGCUGGACUCGCGUUCCUCCCGCAUGUCGCCCAACCAGGCCCUGUUGACGCUCCACGCCGAUUACAUCGGUGGCGAGCACGCCAACUACCGUAAAUGGUACUUUGCGGCGCAGCUCGACCUGGACGACGCCAUUGGCCAGGUUAACAACCCUGGUUUGGCUCGUGUCCGCUCCGUUGCGCGCAAGAACAAGAAUGCGCCCACUGGCUCGGCACAGGGCAAGUCGCUCGAGUCGGCUACCAACCGCUGGCGCACCGCGAUGAACAACAUGAGCCAGUACGACCGCCUGCGCCAAGUUGCUCUCUUCCUGUUAUGUUGGGGCGAGGCCGCACAGGUCCGCUUCAUACCCGAGUGCUUGUGCUUCAUCUUCAAGUGCGCCGACGACUACUACCGCUCUCCCGAGUGCCAGAACCGCAUGGACGCGGUGCCUGAGGGUCUCUAUCUCCGUGCCGUGGUCAAGCCACUCUACAACUUCCUACGUGACCAGGGCUACGAGGUGAUCGAUGGCAAGUUCUUGCGUCGCGAGCGCGACCACGACAAGAUCAUCGGCUAUGACGACGUCAACCAGCUGUUCUGGUACCCGGAGGGCAUUGCUCGUAUCCGCCUCACCGACAAGACGCGUCUCGUCGAUAUCCCUCCGUCGCAGCGCUUCCUGAAGUUUGACCGCAUUGACUGGAAUAAGGUGCUCUUCAAGACUUACCUCGAAAAGCGCUCAUUCGUCCACCUUCUCGUCAACUUCAACCGUAUCUGGGUGCUUCACAUCUCGGUCUUCUGGUUCUUCACGGCCUACAAUGCUCCCAAGGUCUACUCGCGGUCGAACUCGCAGAAGCCCACUGUUCCGAUGUCUUGGUCCAUGACUGCGCUCGGAGGCGCCGUCGCCACAAUCAUCAUGAUUCUUGCCACUAUCGCCGAGUUCAGCUACAUUCCGACCAGCUGGAACAACACUGCGCACCUUACGCGCCGUCUGCUUUUCCUUGCUGUCGUGUUGUUCCUCACACUGGCGCCGUCGAUCUACAUUGCAUUCUUCAAUCAGAGCGGCAACUUGUCGCUCAUCUUCGGCAUCGUACAGUUCUUCAUCUCGAUUCUUGCGACCAUCCUGUUCGGUAUCGUGCCUUCGGGCCGCAUGUUCGGUGACCGUGUCGCCGGCAAGAAUCGCAAAUACCUCGCGAACCAGACCUUCACGGCCUCGUACCCCUCGCUUUCCCUUGGUGGCCGUCUUUCGUCGAUUCUCUUAUGGGUCCUCGUCUUCAGCUGCAAGUUUACGGAGUCGUACUUCUUCCUCACCCUCUCGUUCCGUGACCCUGUCGGUGUCAUGACCGGCAUGGUCAUCCAGGUCUGCAGUGACAAGUACUUCGGCCGGGCGCUCUGCAUGAACCAGGCAAAGUUCGCCCUCGCCAUCAUGUUCUGCAUGGACCUCACGCUCUUCUUCCUCGACACGUUCCUCUGGUAUGUCAUUUGGAACACGAUCUUCUCUAUUGCGCGCUCGUUUGCCAUUGGCAUGAGCAUCUGGACGCCGUGGCGCGACAUUUUCUCGCGCCUGCCCAAGCGCAUUUACGCCAAGAUCCUCGCUACGAACGAGAUGGAGGUCAAGUACAAGCCCAAGGUGCUUGUCUCCCAGGUCUGGAACGCCGUCAUCAUCUCCAUGUACCGCGAGCACCUGCUCUCCAUCGACCACGUCCAGCGUCUCCUGUACCACCAGGUCGCAUCCGACCAGCCUGGCAAGCGCACUCUGCGCGCACCCGCCUUCUUCAUCUCGCAGGGUGACAACAAGUCCAAGAUGGAGUUCUUCCCCAAGGGCUCCGAGGCUGAGCGCCGUAUCUCGUUCUUCGCUCAGUCGCUCACCACGACCCUCCCAGAGCCUCUGCCAGUUGACUCGAUGCCGACAUUCACGGUCCUCGUUCCCCACUACUCGGAGAAGAUCCUCCUCUCGCUUCGUGAGAUUAUUCGCGAGGAAGACCAGAACACGCGUGUCACCCUCCUCGAGUACCUCAAGCAGCUUCAUCCGAUCGAGUGGGACAACUUCGUCAAGGACACCAAGAUUCUGGCCGAGGAGUCGAACAUGUUCAACCCAUCCAACCCCUUCGCCGGCGACGAGAAGGCCGACAACAAGCGCGCCGACGACAUUCCGUUCUACACUGUUGGUUUCAAGUCGGCCGCCCCCGAGUACACGCUGCGUACGCGUAUCUGGGCCUCGCUCCGUGCCCAGACCCUGUAUCGCACUGUCUCUGGCUUCAUGAACUACUCGAAGGCGAUCAAGCUCCUCUACCGUGUCGAGAACCCCGAGGUCGUUCAGAUGUACGGUGGUAACACCGAUCAUCUCGAGCGCGAGCUUGAGAGGAUGGCGCGUCGCAAGUUCAAGUUCGUCGUCUCCAUGCAGCGCUACGCCAAGUUCAACAAGGAAGAGCACGAGAACGCUGAGUUCCUACUUCGCGCAUACCCGGACCUCCAGAUUGCCUACCUGGACGAGGAGCCUGCUCGCAAGGACGGCGGCGAGGCGCGCAUCUUCUCGGCACUCAUCGACGGCCACUCGGAGAUUCUGCCCAACGGUCGUCGUCGCCCCAAGUUCCGCAUCGAGCUUCCUGGCAACCCCAUUCUGGGUGACGGCAAGUCGGACAACCAGAACCACGCUAUUGUCUUCUACCGCGGCGAGUACCUCCAGCUCAUUGACGCCAACCAGGACAACUACCUUGAGGAGUGCCUCAAGAUCCGCAACGUGCUUGGCGAGUUUGAGGAGUUCCAGGUCUCGCAACAGUCGCCGUACGCUCCCCAUGGCCACAAGGACUUCAAGAAGUUCCCCGUUGCCAUUGUCGGUGCGCGCGAGUACAUUUUCUCGGAGAACAUUGGUAUCCUCGGUGACAUUGCUGCUGGCAAGGAGCAGACGUUCGGUACGCUUGCGGCUCGCUCGCUGUCGUUCAUUGGCGGCAAGCUUCACUACGGCCACCCUGACUUCCUCAACGCUAUCUUCAUGAACACACGUGGUGGUGUCUCCAAGGCGCAGAAGGGUCUCCACCUCAACGAGGACAUUUACGCUGGUAUGAACGCUUUCGGUCGUGGCGGUCGCAUCAAGCACUCGGAGUACUACCAGUGCGGCAAGGGUCGUGACCUCGGUUUCGGCACCAUUCUCAACUUCCAGACCAAGAUUGGUACUGGUAUGGGCGAGCAGAUGCUCUCACGCGAGUACUACUACCUCGGCACCCAACUCCCAAUGGACCGCUUCCUCACGUUCUACUACGGCCACCCAGGUUUCCACAUCAACAACAUCCUUGUCAUGAUGUCGGUCCAGGUGUUCAUGCUCACCCUCGUCUUCCUCGGCACGCUCAACCAGUCGAUUGCCGUGUGCACCUACAAUGAGGCCGGCAAGAACCCUCUUCCUUCUGGGUGCUACAACCUUCAGCCCGUCUUCCGCUGGAUCAAGCGUUGCAUCAUUUCGAUCUUUAUCGUGUUCUGGAUCGCCUUCGUGCCCCUCUUUGUCCAGGAGCUCACCGAGCGCGGUACCGGCCGUGCCAUUGUCCGUCUCGCUAAGCACUUCAUGUCGCUCUCGCCCGUCUUCGAGGUUUUCUCGACUCAAAUCUACAUGCACUCGAUCAUCAACGACCUCACCUUCGGCGGCGCCCGCUACAUUGCCACCGGCCGUGGUUUCGCAACCACCCGCAUCUCGUUCAGCAUUCUGUACUCGCGUUUCGCGGGUCCUUCGAUCUACUUGGGUGUCCGCACCCUGGUCCUGCUGCUCUACAUCACGCUGUCGGUCUGGGUCCCGCACCUCAUCUACUUCUGGAUCACGGUCGUCGGUCUGUGCAUUGCGCCGUUCCUCUUCAACCCCCACCAGUUCUCGUACACCGACUUCAUCAUCGACUACCGCGAGUUCCUCCGAUGGAUGUCUCGUGGCAACUCGCGUACCCACGCCAACUCGUGGGUCGGCUACUGCCGUCUGUCUCGUACGCGCGUCACUGGUUUCAAGCGCAAGCGUCUCGGCCUCCCCUCGGAGAAGCUGUCGAGCGACAUGCCUCGUGCUCCUUGGCGUGCGAUCAUUGUCGGCGAGAUCCUGGGUCCGCUCGCCCUCGCAAUUCUCUUCAUCAUCUGCUACCUGUUCGUCCAGUCGUUCCCGGGCAACAUCUUCGAAGGCAACACUGUGCAGGUCCCCGCGUUACUCCGCAUUGCCGUCGUCGCCGUUGGCCCUAUUGUCUUCAACAUGGCCUUGCUCUUAGUUCUCUUCCUUGUCUCGGUCUUCCUCGGCCCGUGCAUCAACUCGUACACUACCCAGUUCGGCGCGAGCAUGGCUGCGAUUGCCCACCUGGGUGCUGUAGUUGGCAUGGUUGCGUUCUUCGAGUUCCUCUGGUAUCUCGAGCGCUGGAACGCGUCGCGCACCGUGCUCGGCAUCAUUACUGUUGUUGCUGUGCAGCGCUGCAUUUUCAAGAUCUUGAUCGCCGUCUUCCUGUCUCGCGAGUUCAAGCACGACGAAACCAACCGCGCCUGGUGGACUGGUGUCUGGUUCAACCGCGGCCUCGGCUAUCACGCGCUCAGCCAGCCGGCUCGCGAAUUCAUCGUCAAGACCAUCGAGAUGGGCCUGUACGCGGCGGACUUCAUCACCUGCCACUUGCUCCUCCUUCUUCUCACGUUCCCCAUGCUCAUUCCCUUCUUUGACCGGCUCCACGCGACCAUGCUGUUCUGGCUCUCGCCCAGCCAGCAGAUCCGCCCGCCGAUCUACUCGCUCCGUCAACGCAGCCAGCGCCGAAAGAUUGUGGUCAAAUACACCAUCGUGUACUUCCUCAUCCAAGCCUGCUUCAUUGCCCUUAUUGUCGUGCCCAUCAUCUUCAAGGUCGCGCUCAAGUGGGCACCCAAGGGCGCUCCCUUCAACGGCUCUAUCUAA